AUGCACACCACAGACUACGACCAAGACGACGAACUUGUUGACUGGGAAAUCAAUUGCUCGUCGCAUCGCGUCUUUCUCCUCGCCCCCCGCUCGACCGACAAGUCCCGACGGCCUCGCGAGCAGACGCUCAACACCGAUCUCUACCACGUCUUCGAUAUCCUAGCUUACGACCCUUCGCGCGGUGCUCUUCAAUGGGUUGGCUAUGGAACCUCCGAAGCCGAUAUAACACGGGAGCCAGUCAAGAAGGUCAAACAGAUGGAGCCUGACCUGAUGGACGAGUUCAUCGAACGAGAGGGUUGGGCAAGGAGCUGA